AUGGCUUUUUGUUAUUAUUAUUUAUUUAUUUUGGACAAAGCUGUUGGGAAAGCGGCGCGCGUGGGGUGGAUCGGCGCGCAGCAGCAGGCGGCGUGGCAGAGGUUGCAUAACAAAAGCGUUUGGGGUGGAGGGGAGCCGGGCCGCCUGUUGAUAUGUGGGCGCGGCGAGUGCGGGACGGUGCCAUGUGCCGCGGAGAAAUGCUUCGCCAGGGACCGCUGUUGCCAUGACGAGGGGAAUAAAGAAAGGAUGCAGAGAGACAGCAGCCGCGCAGACAGGAAGAUCCAGUGGGUUUGGUGA